AUGGCCCGCUCACGAUCCAUCGCCUUCAUGGCUUCGGCCGCCAUUCCCGCUGCCAUGGCUGCCACCAGCGGCACUCUGACCGCCCUCUCCAUGAAUGUUGCCGGUCUGCCUGAGAUUCUGCAGAACAACGACGUGCCCGGCGAUAAGACUACCAACACUGCCUCGAUUGGCACCAAGUUCUCCGAGUACAGUUACGACAUCAUCCAUGUCCAGGAGGACUUUAACUACCAUGCCACUCUGUACGAGUACGACACUCACCCCUACCGGACGGCAACCAGUGGCGGCGUGCCCUUUGGAUCAGGCCUCAACACCCUGUCCAACUUUGACUGGAUUGAUUUCGAGCGCAUUGAAUGGGACGACUGCUCUAACGCCUCCGGUGCCGAUUGCUUGACUCCGAAGGGCUUUACCUUCAUGCGCGUCAAGGUUGAUGAGGGUGUUUGGAUUGAUGUCUACAACUUGCACACUGAUGCUGGCACCGAAGACGCCGACGAAGCCGCCCGCACCUCCAACGUCAAGCAAGUCGCCGCCGCCAUCGACACUUAUUCCACCGGCAACGCGGUCCUCGUCUUCGGUGACACCAACUCGCGCUACACGCGCGUGCUGGACAACAUCGCCCUCUUCACCACCCAAAACGGCCUCACGGACGUCUGGGUCGAACUCGAGCACGCCGGCACGCCCCCCUCAACCGAACUCCUCUGCGAGAACCCCUCCACCACCGACGCCUGCGAGACCGUCGACAAGCUCUUCUACCGCGGCUCCAAGCUGCUGUCCCUCUCCGCCACGGAUUUCCGCUACGACUCGACCAACUUCCUCCAGGCGAACGGGUCGAUCCUGUCCGACCACAACCCCAUCUACGCCGCCUUCGACUGGGCCGUCGCGGAGGGACUGCGCCAGUCGAAUUUCCACGGUGGGCCCCACGGCACGUGGUUCUCGGACGUGCCGAGCCUGCCCGCCUCGCCGUCGCCGAAGGGUGCGACGCUGACCCUCAGCGGUGCCAACCGCCUCGAUUCCGUCGCGCUGAAGUUGGCAGAUGGGACGGAGUUCUCGCACGGUGGGACGGGCGGCACCGCGCAGAGCUUGGCGCUGGCGGCGGAUGAGUAUGUCAGCAGCCUGCGCCUGUGCCAGGACAAGUACAACAACCACACGCGCAUCUUCUACGCGCUGGCGACGACGAGUGCGGGACGGACGGUGGCGGCCGGCACGGAGACGAGCGAUUGCGUGACGUUUGAUGCGCCGAGUGGAUUUGGAUUGGUCGGGUUCGCAGGCCGGGAUGGGGAUGAGGUGGAUGAGUUGGCGGCGAUUUGGGGGAAGAUUUGA